AUGUCACCAACCGACUCCUCCCAUGACGACAAGACUGCUGUUCCCCGAAAGUCUGAUGCACGCAAAGUUGCUCAAAUGCGUGAGACAGGCGUCACUCCCUCUGUCUUCAGAUACGCUCUCAGGUCCCAUCAGAACAGGCGACCCGUCACCAACCUCCCAGACAACCCGCCGAAGACUGUUGCGACCACGAAUCCCGCCGUCAAGAUCAAGACAGAGAGAGUAACCCCCGAGCCAGCCACCCAACGCGUCUCUAUAGACAGACUCAAGGCCAUCAAGAGCGAGGAGGAACAGCGGCCCGUCAAGAAAAACCCCCCCGAGCCUCGAGUUUCGGAAGCUAACAAAGAACUCGCUAUAGACGAGGAAGAACUAGACCUUGCUGCCAUUCUUAUCGCACAGCAGAACCCCCCCGAUCGUCGACAAAGCCUGAAUGAGUUCCGCCCUGGUCAGAUGCUUUCCGACGGCACCGUCGACACAAUUCUCGAGAGCUUCGCGGCAAGAGACCCCCUCUUUGGCCGAGUCGGGUCGUUUGACAUUAUCGCCGUCUAG